CUUUUAAGCAGCGCUGGCCCUUUAACGAGUCCUAAGAAAUCGACGCCCCUCGGCGGCGGUGGCGCGCAGAGCUUUUCUUAAGCUCCUCGCUGGGGGCUUCCUCUUUCGCUACUUCUGCAGCGAGAGCGCGAGGCGGGGCGGUCGAGGCAGCCGGAGCCGAUUCAAGCACCAUCAUGGCCAUGAUUCUGGGCUACUGGGAUAUUCGAGGGCUUGCCCAUAGCAUCCGGUUGCUUCUAGAAUACACAGGAACACCUUACGAAGAUAAGCUGUACAGCUGUGGGGAAGCUCCUGACUAUGAUAAGAGUCAGUGGAUGAAUGAAAAAGAGAAGUUGGGACUGGAUUUCCCUAAUCUUCCUUACCUAAUUGAUGGUAAGACCAAGCUUACACAAAGUAAUGCCAUCCUCCGGUACAUCGCACGCAAGCACAAACUCUGUGGAGAAACUGAAGAAGAGAUGAUCAGAGUGGAUAUGCUGGAGAACCAGGUGAUGGAUUUCCGCUUGGCCCUUGUGAUGGUCUGCUACAAUUCUGAUUUUGAGAAACUAAAACCUGGAUACUUGGAACAGCUGCCCGGGAAGCUCAAACUGUUCUCCCAGUUCUUGGGGGACCGAAAGUGGUUUGCUGGUGACAAGAUCACAUUUGUUGACUUCCUCAUGUACGAUGUACUUGACCAAAACCGUAUGUUUGAACCCACGUGCCUUGAUCAGUUCAAGAAUCUUCAGGAUUUUCUCACCCGCUUUGAGGCUCUGGAAAAGAUUGCUGCCUACAUGAGCUCCAACCGCUUUAUGAAGACUCCCAUUAAUAACAAGAUGGCCAAAUGGGGUAACAAGAAAGAAUAGAAGGAUGAUUUAAACAUCUCCUUGCUGCUGUGAAUGACAGACAACUACUACUUCUUGCUCUUGGCUGGAGUCAAUCCAAUAGACUAAAGCAGUUGCCUUUUCUAGAAUUUGGUGCACUCUUUGUGUAGAAUGGUGGUUGAUGCUUUUUUGUAUCUUGAAAGCCGUAGUAGCCAAUAAAGAAUCCUGGAAUGAUGUGA